AGCCGUGCGCGGCGGAGGAGCUGCUCAUGGCGGAGAGUUUUCAGAAGAAAGUGACUGACUCCUGUGACAGAAUACUUAGGAAUGGGUUGAACAACAGAUACCGUGUGUUGGAAGUCAGCGUAAUACAGAGAAAUGGAAGUGACCCUGAGAAACACUUGACAAUUACAGCAUCUCAGUCACUGGAAGAUACAGAACUGUGCAUUCUUAGGAAUGGCUGGGAGUCUGUUCCAGUUGUUCCAGGAGACGUCAUUCACUUAGAAGGGAAGUGUAGCUCCGGUACCUGGGUCAUAAAUGAACAGUCUGGAUACCUGGUUCUUUACCCAGAUCUGCUGCUUUCUGGCACUACGAUAUCAAAUAGUAUUCGUUGUAUGAGAAGAGCACUGCUGAGUGAAAGGUUUAGGGGCUCAGAGUCUGGUUCGCGCCAAACACUCAUUGGUACAAUUCUUCAUGAAAUUUUCCAGCAAUCGGUAACAAAUAACUUGGCACAAGAAAAAGUAGAAGAACUAGCAAAUAAAAUUGUGUAUGGACAGAAGUAUCUCAAAGAAAUGUAUCACUUAAAUCUGAAACAAACAGAAAUAAUGCAGGAAGUGGAAGAAUAUUUGCCAUCUUUUCUUAAAUGGGCGGAAGACUUCAUGCACAAUCCAGCUGACCAAAAUAAAAUGCAACUAAAACUGUUAAGUGGUGAAAAAACAGAAGAUUUCUCUUCUAAGGUAGAGAUUGUAGAUAUCUUAGACAUUGAAGAGAAUAUCUGGUCUCCCAGGUUUGGGUUGAAGGGAAAGAUUGAUGUUACAGCCAGGGUGAAAAUCCAUCGCCAGUCUGGAGUACAGUCUAGGAUAAUGCCAUUAGAGCUCAAGUCUGGAAAGGAAUCUAACUCCAUAGAGCACAGAAGUCAGGUUAUUCUGUAUACAUUGUUAAAUUUAGAGCGGAGACUAGAUCCUGAAGCUGGAUUUCUUGUUUAUCUUAAAACUGGUACUAUGUACCCUGUUUCUGGAGCUCGCAUGGACCGAAGAGAAUUAAUGAAGUUAAGAAACAAUGUGGCCUUCUACUUAACGCACAGUACAUAUAAAUCUGCCGUGGGAAGACAGCUUUCACAGCUUGCUGCUUUGCCUCCUGUAAUUGAUGACAGUCAAGCCUGUAACUAUUGCUCCCAAAUACACAAUUGCUUUCUAUACAGCAGAGCUGUAGAACAAAAGAUGGCCAGCGUGUCUCUUCCUCCUGCUAUGGUACCCAUUAUUGAAAGAGAGACCCAGCACCUGAAACCCUCCCACUUAGAGUAUUUCAGCCUGUGGUAUCUAAUGUUAAUGUUGGAGCUGCAAAAUGGAGAGGGUAAAAAGGGAUAUAAAAAUAUAUGGAUGAUACCUUCUUUGGAAAGAGAGAAGGCUGGAGAUUGUGUUGGAAACAUGAUCAGAGUUGAUGAAGUGCGGGAAAUUUCCGAGGGACAGUAUCUACAUUUUUUCCAACGUAGAAAUGGUGCCAUACCUAGAACAAACCUAUUGGUUGGUGACCGAGUGGUUGUGAGUGGAGAGGAUGGUUUACUUGGUUUGGCUACUGGCUAUGUUAGAGAAGUCAGCAUGACAAAAGUCUCCUGUUUGUUGGGCAGGAAUUUGUCAAAGCUCCCCAAGAGCACCGUAUUUAGGUUGGAUCACGAAGAAGGAGAUGUUGGUAUAGGAGUCCCUUUUGAAAACCUUUCUAAAUUGAUGAAAGAUUCUCCAGUCAGUGAAAGGCUCCGCAACUUGAUAAUUGACUUCCACAAACCACGUUUUAUUCAGCAUUUGAGCUCUGUCCUUCCUCCAGAAGCAAAGGAAACUGUUGCAAAUAUUUUAAAGGGUCUAAAUAAGCCUCAGAAACAGGCAAUGAAGCAAGUGCUACUUUCAAAAGACUACACACUUAUUGUGGGUAUGCCUGGAACAGGAAAAACUACUACAAUAUGCGCUCUAGUGAGAAUUCUUUCUGCUUGUGGCUUCAGUGUUCUUCUGACUAGUUUUACACACACUGCUGUAGACAAUAUCCUGCUAAAGCUAGCCAAAUUCAAAGUUGGUUUCUUGCGCUUGGGGCGAGCUCAGAAGGUUCAUCCAGAUAUACAGAAAUUUACAGAAGAAGAAAUUUGCAGGUCCAAAUCAAUUAAAUCUGUAACAGAAUUGGAAGAGAUCUAUAACAGUCAGCCAGUGGUAGCAACGUCUUGCAUGGGAAUAAAUCACCCCAUCUUUGUUCGGAAGCAAUUUGAUUUCUGUAUAGUUGAUGAAGCUUCCCAAAUAAGUCAGCUCAUCUGUCUGGGCCCGCUAUUCUGCUCCGAAAGGUUUGUGCUGGUAGGGGAUCAUCAGCAGCUGCCUCCACUUGUACUGAAUGCAGAAGCAAGAGAUCUUGGCAUGAAUGAAAGCUUAUUUAAAAGGCUGGAACAAAACCAAAGUGCUGUUGUCCAAUUAACUGUGCAAUACAGAAUGAAUAGUAAAAUUAUGUCACUGAGUAACAUGUUAGUGUAUGAAGGCAAACUGGAAUGUGGCUCAGAGAAGGUGUCAAAUGCCACUGUUAACUUGCCCAACCUAAAAAAAUUGAAACUGGAGCUUGCAGAUGCUUCAAAAACAUGGUUGAAAGAAGUACUUGAUCCAGACACUCCUGUGUGUUUUCUGAACACAGAGAAGGUCCCAGCACCAGAACAUGCAGAAAAAGGUGGUGUAAGUAAUGUGACAGAAGCUAAACUAGUACUCUUCCUCACGUCCUUAUUUAUUAAGGCUGGCUGUAAGCCUUCGGACAUCGGUAUUAUAUCACCAUACAGACAUCAAUUAAAAACAAUCACUGAUUUGAUGGCAAAAUUGAAGGAGAACAGAGUGGAAGUCAACACAGUAGACAAAUACCAAGGAAGAGACAAAAGUGUCAUAAUUGUAUCUUUUGUUAGGAACAGUAAUGAUGAAAAUCUUGGCGCCCUCCUGAAGGACUGGCGACGUCUUAAUGUUGCUAUCACAAGAGCCAAGCACAAACUAAUCAUGGUGGGCUGUGUUCCAUCCCUGUGCCGCUAUCCUCCUUUAGAGAAGCUACUCUGCCAUUUGCAGUCUGAGGCAAUGAUCUUCAAUCUUCCAGCAGGGGCUCAUGAAAGUAUCCACAAGUGUAACAUUUUAUGAUUGUGAAGAUGGAGAGUUUUACAGGCAUUUGUGUACUUUCUUCCGGUGCUGCUGAGUGUAAAUAACUGGUUAGUAGGGUAUGAGUACUGAUAUGCACUGGUUAAUCUAAAUGAAGCCAAAACAGAAGUCAUGUUCAAUUAUUUUAAAGUUUUCCUUUCAGUAAAAUAACAAUACACAUUUCUUGCUUUAAGCUGAUUGUUAAGCUGGUCGUUUUAGUACCGGUGUACUUGUAACAAACCAGAAAUAUGAAGUGUUAUGUUCCUUCAGAUACUGGCUGGCUACUUCAGUAUUCACUUUUAUCUUGAUAAGCAGUUAUCUGCAUAAGUGAAUGGGGAAACACUUGAGGCAGAGGGGGGACUAAACUAAUGCUGCAUUGAGUCAUAGUUUUCUGGGCUCAGUUUGAUUUUAAAGACUUUAAAAUGUAGUUUAGGUACAGUAAUUCCAUUUAUUAGAAUUCCUAAUUAAGAUGCUGUGUUGUUGUGCUGUUUGAAAAAAAAAAAAUUAGGAAAAACUUCUUUCUCUUCUUCAAAGCCUCACAUUCUUUAAAGUGUACUUCUGCUUUUUUAAAUACUGAAGUCUUUUAUAUUUAUAUACAUAAUGUAAUUAAUCUCUCAUGAAGAUCUCUUGAUGACUUCUAAAAAUUCCCAAGAAACAAAACUAGAGAUGCAGCUUGAUGACUAAGAAGUUUACAUGCUCAGGUUCUAUUUUUCGUGAAGAUAAUAGCAUGUGUACAAUACAAAAUAUCCUUGACAGAUCUGUUUUAGUUUCUUUAUACUACCUCAUACUCUAGAAUAUUACUGAGAAGUUUCUUUCCAAGAUCGAUGGUGGAAUCAUCAAUUUUUUUGAUUCUUCAAAAUAAUUAGUUUUUGUUUUCUCUUGGAUCAAUGUCAAGUAGUUGUGUGCAUAUGGUUGCAGACAAAGUUCUAGAUGUUAAAUGUGAGCAUUUUCGCUCUUUUUUUAAACUGCUCCCUAACUUUUGUAAUGUUUGAAAUAAUAAAAAUUUGAUGUUGGUUUU